CGCGUUUUCUUGCACCUGAGGCAGCUUGUUUUUCCUGUCUAUUUUUGAGCCUUAAUUAUAGCUCCUUGUGAUAUUUUCUUCUGCUCUGAUUGGCUAUUGUGAGUACUUUUGUUUUUCCCGUGCCUCGUGUCAUCAGAGAUCUGGGAUCUGGGACCUGGGAUGACCCUGGAAACGAGACUAUAAACAAAUCUUAACGACAGAAAUGAGGUCUGAGUAAGGCGUAGCGGAGAGAUGCCUUUCUUCAAAAGAAGCAACAAACCCCCUAAAAGAAGACUUGAUGCAGGGAAUACAAGUUUAAGCAAGUCUAAUUUAAGUCUCGCUGGAACUGGCGAGCUUGGUGAAUCAGGCAAUAAUGCUCUCGUAAAAUUAAAACUAGGACGACACGAGUUGAGUUUUCAAGAUGGCGACUGGAUUGCGGGUAAGUUAUGAAAAGAGUCGUUCCCUGUAGAGUUUUGUGAAGAGAUAACAUCGAGAAGAAACUUCCAUCUACUUUUUAAAGCUUUAUUCCCGUAUUGGAUCAGCCUUUAACUGGUUCAGCCUCGUGGUUUGCGGUGGUCCGCAAUUCAAAUUGUAGUGGUCGAAUUAUUUGGUUUGAAUUUUCAAACUUUAAUUAUAAGUGGAUAAAUAUAAUUUCUACCGCGUUCCCAAUAUACUUGUAUUUGAAAUCACCUUAGUGUAGAAAUGAAAUUCCUUGCAUUUCCGCAUUUUAUUGAAUCAGAUUCUUUUUUUCGCCCCAGGGAAUGUCGAGGUUAUUCAUCUAUUGAUCAUCAUUUUCAUCAUUAAUCUCAUUACAAUUUGAACGCCAGCUUUUCUUCACCUAACUCAACUUUGAGUCGUAAAUUUUUCUACCUUAUAUACUACUUCACUGUUUUUAGAGCCAGGAUCACAAAGUAGUUCUAAAGAUGGAGCAGAAGUUAGCAGGUUACAGAGAGAGAAUUCACAGCUUAAGGAGGAGAACAAUUACCUAAAGUACAAGAUUGAAGUCCUAUUAGACAUGGUGAGUUAAAGACUGCUGCAUGUGUGUGUGACUUUCUUAUUGCUUGAACCAGACUGUGUACAAUUUUCAAUUAAAUUCCAAUUUUUUCUGAUCAACAGACCUCUUUAGUUUAUACGGUUUGGUUUUUUGAUGAAAAUCUUGAGGAAGUUCCCCCCCCCCCUUUGUCUUUUGUAAAUUAUGUGUACAUAUGCUUGUGAAUAAGAAGAAAUUUGAAAGAAACAGUUCUCUAGAGUACUGAAAUGACUUAUCAUGGGAAACAAAACAUACAAACUGUGGAAACUUUAAUUUUUUCAGUGGUCAUGCAGGUAGUUCUUAAACAAAAGUACAUUUAAUGAUUGGCUUUAUCUUUGACUUUUUUGAUUUUCUGAACUCACUCCCUCUUAGUGACACCCACCAUGUUUCCUUUAUUUCAUUUGCAGAUGGCUGCCAGCAAUGCUGACUUGAAUGUAAUGGAGAAAGAACUUGACACUUUGCAAAGUCAGAAACAAGGCCGCAGAGUAGCAAAGUAG